AUGAAAUUCUCAAUCACUUCUGCCUUCGCUGUCUUUUCAUUAUUAGCUGUUUCUGCUUACGCUGCUCCAGUUGCCGUUGCAGCUCCAGCUCCAGCUCCAGUUGCAAAUGCUGUCGCUGCUCCAUUCGCAGAAUCUGAUCUUGAUAUUGUUAAUGGUGCUGUUGCAAACAUCACUGGUGAAAUUGGUCAAUUAACCAAAAUUUUAACUUCAUCAAAAGCUCCACAUGACACUUUAAACAAAAUUGAUGAUAUUGUUGUCAAAUUAGUUGAAGGUAUUGUUGAUACCUUGGGUAAAUUAACUGGUUUAUCAGGUGCCACUGAUGCUAUCAACAAAUUAUUGAAUGAAGCCGUUUCUGAAUUGGAUGGUCUUUUGGAUGAAACUGGAUUAUCAGCCACUUUGAACAAAGAAGUUGAUUCAUUGGUUAAAACUGUUCAAGAUUUAUUGAAAAAUAUUGUCUCCACUUUAAACGGUGUUUUAUCUAACUUGUUAUCAUUAAACUUAAUUGGUGUUGUCACUUCAUUAUUAGGUGGUUUGUUGAAAACUUUAGGUGGUUUAUUAGGUGACUUAUAA